AUGGUGGAGGAAGCAGCGGGCAUGGAGAAGGAAGCGCAUGGCAUGGAGGAAGACGUGAAGGAGAACAAGAGUGAUCUUGUGAUGUGCCUCAAGGAUGAUUGUAUGUCCAUCCACACACGCAAACAGCACACAGAGCACUAUAACAAGUUUCACCGAGGGGUGGAAGAACUUACACGUCGCGAUCUGACAGACGAGGAAGCAACAUUUUGGAACCAAAAGACCUUGGCUGAGCAGCGAAGUUACCGCAAAAGAGUUUCUAGCCAGCUACAGAGUCGUCAAAUGAGCACUCGAAUGUCGAUGGCCGCCAACCACCAGUCACGAAUGCGACCGGUCAAACGCCAGUUGACGUUCCUGCGACCACGACAUCGAUCGGUCACAUAUCAGGAAAACGAAACAGCGUGCAAGAUCCAACAAGCUUAUUAA